UAUCAGAAAUUUCAGUAUAGAUCUGCCCAUGCAGGUGAAAGAUCAGAGCUGUCUCUUGUGACCUAAAACCACCAACUUUGUUCCAUAACAAUUGAGCAAGAUGUUCUGGACAAGGUUGAGAGUUUCAAAGAUCACAAAAGAUGGAAAGGAUUCGGAAAAAGCUCGAAGAAGCUUGAAUGUGAAUGAGGAGUACCUUUGCGCAUUGAGAACAAAAUCCUACGCAGAUUUCUUCACCAAAGCUCAGUUACUAGUGAAACAGCCAUCAUCCCCAUCAAAUUACUGCCAUGUCAAAUUCUCUGAAGUCCUCCUUGAACCUGGACAAGACACAAUUGCUGAUAUUCUUGAAUCAGCAAUCCUCUCCAAGAAACCCGAGCUCAAGGGCCUUAUUCUCAACUACUUUGAUAUGAGCGCCGAGGCUUCAAAAAUCUGCAGCCACCUCCUCAAAAGCAUCAGCCAGCUCCUAGCUAACUACCAGUUCAUUGAACGAGUACUUGAUACAACUGACAAUUAUUCUCCUGAUGGAUUUGAAUCGAUGAUGUCCCAGCUGAAUUCAUUCAUUAUCCUUAAUAACCCCUUCUCUAGUCUUAGCACACAUGAUUUCAAGCAGAUUCGCGAUAAGUACUCAUCGGUAUUGCACCAUCUAAAAUCAAAGAGAAAGUCGGUGGCCAGGAAAAUCAAGCUGAUAAAGUACUUCAAGAAAGCAUCUGGGGUUUUCGUGACGGUGAGCUUCGGUCUGGUUGCGGUCACAGCCAUGGUUAUCGCAGCACACACCCUCACUGCACUCCUCAUGGGGCCUGCAAUCUUCAGCUUCCCCAUAAAGAGGUUCAAGAAGAAGCUACUUGAUGCUAGGUUUUUAAGAAGUGGGCUUCUCAGAAAAGUUGGGCAGCAGCUUGAUGUAGCAGCCAAGGGCACCUACAUUUUGAACAGGGAUUUUGACACGAUGAGUCGACUCGUUGCGCGACUCCAUGAUGAGGUUGAGCACAACAAGGCAAUGAUACAGUUCUGUUUGGAGAGGAGGGAAGACAGAUUUUCAUUGCAAGAAGUGGUGAAGGAGCUUAAGAAGAGUGAUAUUGGGUUCAGGAAGCAGGUGGAGGAGCUGGAAGAACAUGUGUAUUUGUGCCUGGUGACCAUUAAUAGGGCUAGAGCUUUGGUGAUCAAGGAAAUGAUCACUGCCUCUUGUGUAGAAAAUUCAUUGCAGUAGCUCUAAUGGCCUUAUUGUAUAGUAUUUAUACAUACAAAUGUAUACUCUCUUUCAAUGAUACAUACUCUGUACCAUUAAUAGGGUAUGGAGAAAU